GUUGCAUUACCUGGUCUGUCUCUCUGUAGUAAAUAUUUAAAAUGUAAAAGCAGAGAGAACAGAGAGAGUUUGUCUUUAGUAUUUCUAGUGCUUAAAGCGUUGGUGGCGCUUACUAAAUCCCGGAAUGAAAUUAAUAAGUUACGUGUCCCCCCUGUCCUUCGGUGGUGAGCGCCGCUCUUAUCGCGCGACCGGAAGAGCCAAUGGGGAUAGGGGAGUGGGACUCGGUUGUUUCGCCCGGUGGGCCCUGGGAAAUCCGGGCUUUUAGUCGGGUUUUAGUGUUUCUACUUCUCGGGAGUGACCCUCAAAGCUCGCGCUGCCCCCUUCCGUCCUGGCCUAGGGAGAUCGAAACUGUGGUAUGCCCAUAUGAUUCUAAUCAUCACAUGCCAAAGUCAUCUUUGGUGAGGCACAUGGCAUCUUGUAGGCUCAGGAAACUGGAUUAUACAAAAGAAGAAGAGGCUGAAAUGUAUGAUUCUGCUUUUUUCUAUGGGAAUGCAAAGAUACCUGUAGUUCACCUGGAUAAAAAUUUACAGUUCCAGAUACUUAAACAAGCUAGGACUUCAAGUGGAAGAGAUGGUGAUGUUUAUAGUCAAAGAAUUUAUUCUUCUGUGCCUAUUGAAGUGCCUCAGAAUCACAAGCGUUUCAUCUGUGAUUUGACCCAAGCUGAUCGUCAGGCUAUCUUUGAUUAUGUUCUUGAAGAGACAAAGAAACAGCGAUCCAGAUCACAGAUCACUGAAAAUGACAGUGACCUUUUUGUAGAUCUGGCUGCUAAAGUCAAUCAAGAUGAUAGUCAGAAGGGUCCAAAAUCUCAUCUUGAAAUUCUGGCAGAAAUGAGAGAUUAUAAAAGACGACGUCAGUCCUAUAGAGCAAAGAAUGUUCAUAUUACCAAAAAGUCCUAUACUGAGGUGAUUAGAGAUGUGAUCAGUGUGCACAUGGCAGAGCUCAGCAGUCAUUGGCAGGAGGAAGUGGAACAAGCAGAGGAUGAUGCUGAAAAUGCUUCUAACUCAGCAAAAUCUUCAGGAAGAAAGGAGGAAAGAAGGUCAGCUUCGGUAGAUUCACGACAGUCUGGGGAAAGCCAUAAAGAUGCCGACCACUCAAGACACAGAAGAGAUAGAAGUCGGAGCCCACGGAAACGAAAAAGAAGUAAGGAGAAGGAGAGAGAGAGGGACUUACGGAGAAAGAGAGAGAGGGAUGAAGAAAGGCAUCAUGGCCAUAAAAGAAGAAAAUAGCAGAGUAAAAGUCAGGAAGAUAAAUAGAAAUAUUUAUGCAUAUGUGUUUAUUAAUGAUGUUUAUAUAAUAAGAACUAAUGAUGAUACUUCAACUCUCUCAGCUACUUGAGGGACCAAGGAAUAUAAUGUACUUAUUUUUGUUAUAAUUGCAUUUUGUUGGGAUUGUGUGUAAUUAAAAUGUCUGUGUAAUUCUCAAAUUAUUAUUUUUAUCAAUAAACAUUCAUUAAUAUCAGA